CCCUGCCCUACUCUGGGGCCGGGAUCUGCAUCCGGGUCGCGGCUUGCGGCUGUGCCCAUUGUCUGGGUUACCGGCCCGGACUCGCCAGUCCUGGGGACUUGCGCUGAGGAGCCUGAGGGGUGGGAAGGGGACCGGCGCGUCUGCCGCCGCCGCCCGAGGCCGCCCUUCGCCUCCUUGUCCCGCCGCCGGCUUUAUGGAUCGCAGUUCGAAGAGGAGACAAGUGAAGCCUUUGGCAGCUUCACUGCUGGAAGCUUUAGAUUAUGAUAGCUCAGAUGACAGUGAUUUUAAGGUUGGAGAUGCCUCAGAUUCUGAAGGAAGCGGUCGUGGGAGUGAAGAUGCAUCAAAGGACAGUGGUGAAGGUUCCUGUAGUGAAUCAGAAGAAAAUGUCUUGGAGGAAGAAUUGGCAGAAGAAGUGAAAGUAGAGGAAGAACAGCAACCAAAAACUUCUGCUGGAGAAACGAUGCUUACAACAGAGAAAGAGGUGAUUAAGACUGAAAAAAAGGAACAGGAGGAAGAAGAUGAGAAGCCAAAAAAGAAAAAAGAAAAGGAGAAAGAAAAAGCAACUGAAUCUGAUGCUGCUGCUGCUGCUGAUGAGCAAACAAGUGAACCAAAAAAGUGGAAUUUGCGUAGGAACCGACCUCUGCUGGAUUUUGUAUCAAUGGAAGAACUAAAUGAAAUGGAUGAUUAUGACAGUGAGGAUGACAACGACUGGCGACCUACUGCUGGGAAGAAGAAGGGAAAAACUGCACUGCGGAAAGAGGGAAGUGAUGGAGAUAAUGAGGAGGAUGAAGAUGAUGGAAGUGGUAGCGAUGAGGAUGACAAUGAUGAGGAAGGCAAUGAGGAUAACAGCAGCACUGCUAGUGAUGGUGGAUCCAAGAAAAAGAAAAAUAAAGUUCUUAGCAGGAAUAGUGCUGAUGAUGAGGAGCUGACAAAUGAUAGCCUGGCUCUUUCACAGAGCAAGAGUAAUGAGGACUCUCUGAUCCUUGAAAAGUCUCAAAACUGGACCUCCCAGAAAAUGGACCAUAUUCUGAUUUGCUGUGUUUGUCUUGGGGAUAACAGUGAAGAUGCUGAUGAAAUAAUCCAGUGUGACAAUUGUGGAAUUACAGUGCACGAAGGUUGCUAUGGUGUUGACGGAGAGAGUGAUUCUAUUAUGAGCUCAGCUUCAGAAAACUCCACUGAACCUUGGUUUUGUGAUGCAUGCAAAUGUGGGGUAUCUCCUAGCUGUGAACUAUGUCCCAAUCAAGAUGGAAUCUUCAAGGAGACAGAUGCUGGCAGGUGGGUCCACAUUGUUUGUGCCCUCUAUGUUCCAGGAGUGGCAUUUGGCGAUAUUGACAAGCUGCGGCCAGUAACGCUUACUGAAAUGAACUAUUCUAAGUAUGGUGCCAAGGAAUGCAGUUUUUGUGAAGACCCUCGUUUUGCCAGAACUGGUGUUUGCAUUAGUUGUGAUGCUGGCAUGUGUAGAGCUUAUUUCCAUGUGACCUGUGCUCAGAAAGAAGGCCUGCUGUCAGAAGCAGCAGCUGAAGAGGACAUAGCAGAUCCUUUUUUUGCUUAUUGUAAACAGCAUGCGGACCGGUUAGACAGAAAAUGGAAACGGAAGAACUACCUGGCUUUACAGUCUUAUUGCAAAAUGUCCUUGCAGGAAAGAGAGAAGCAGCUCUCGCCAGAAGCACAGGCCCGAAUCAAUGCCAGACUGCAGCAGUAUCGUGCCAAGGCAGAAUUAGCUCGUACCACUAGGCCUCAGGCAUGGGUUCCCAGGGAGAAGCUGCCACGACCACUCACUAGCAGUGCUUCAGCCAUACGUAAGCUAAUGCGCAAAGCUGAAUUAAUGGGAAUUAGUACAGACAUCUUUCCAGUGGACACUUCAGAUACCAGUUCCAGUGUGGAUGGAAGGAGAAAACAUAAGCAACCGGCUCUGACUGCUGAUUUUGUGAAUUAUUAUCUUGAAAGAAACAUGCGCAUGAUUCAGAUCCAAGAAAAUAUGGCUGAACAGAAGAAUAUUAAGGAUAAACUAGAAAAUGAGCAAGAAAAACUUCAUGUGGAAUAUAAUAAGCUGUGUGAGUCCUUAGAAGAGCUACAAAAUAUGAAUGGAAAGCUACGAAACGAAGGGCAAGGAAUAUGGACUCUACUGGGUAGAAUCAUUGGGCAGAAAUUGAACAUACCAGCAAUUUUACGAGCACCCAAGGAGAGGAAACCAAGUAAAAAGGAAGGAGGAACACAAAAGACGUCCACGCUUCCAGCAGUACUUUAUAGCUGUGGAAUUUGUAAGAAGAACCAUGAUCAGCACCUCCUCUUACUGUGUGAUACCUGUAAACUACAUUAUCAUCUCGGCUGUCUGGACCCUCCUCUUACAAGAAUGCCAAGGAAGACUAAAAACAGUUAUUGGCAGUGCUCAGAGUGUGACCAGGCAGGCAGCAGUGACAUGGAAGCAGAUAUUGCCAUGGAAACCUUACCAGAUGGGACCAAGAGAUCAAGGAGGCAGAUUAAAGAACCAGUGAAAUUUGUUCCACAGGAUGUGCCACCAGAACCAAAGAAGAUUCCAAUCAGAAACACGAGAACUAGAGGACGAAAACGAAGCUUUGUGCCUGAAGAAGAAAAGCCUGAGGAACGUAUUCCUAGAGAAAGACGGCAAAGGCAGUCUGUUCUACAAAAGAAACCCAAAUCAGAGGAUUUAAGAACCGAAUGUGCUACAUGCAAGGGGACUGGAGACAAUGAAAAUCUAGUCAGGUGUGAUGAAUGCAGGCUCUGCUACCAUUUUGGUUGCCUGGAACCUCCUUUGAAAAAAUCUCCAAAACAGACAGGCUAUGGAUGGAUUUGUCAAGAGUGUGAUUCUACUUCCUCUAAAGACUCCGAACCGUCAAAUGAAGUGGUCUCAGAGGCCCCAGGUAAUGUGGUACCCUCUACCUCAAGAAGCAGCUCUGAAGAGCUGGUAGCGAUGGCACAGAAACAUCCAGAAGAGUUUGCUGUGGCUUCAUGCAAGACCAGUGGCUGGUGCGAGUUACAUCUAAUCACGGAAGAUGAAAAUGAACCUAAGGAAGAAAAUCCAUCCCAAGACCUGAACAUGGAACAGAAAAAUUCAAAAAAAUAGAAGAUUGCUGUUAUGUUUGAAAUAUUUGCAAGUUGUGUAACAGCAGUUAAAGCUUCUCAUUGUAAAAUUUACAGAACAUUCUCAAUAAAGUCAUUGAAAAUUAAAAUUCAUGCUGCACUGAGGAAUUGUGUAAGUGAUUCUUGGUGACAUUUAUGAUUAUAUUAAAAUGUUGAGUUUUCAAGACUGGUACUGUAAAGAUAUGAAGGCUUUUAGAAAUAUAUGCAUAAGGGCAAUGUGAUCUUCAUUUCUGAUAACAUUUGCUACUCAAACUUGUCAAACUUUUUCAAAGUACCAAGCAAUGCACAUCCUGAAAGGGCAGUAAUAAUUCAAAAUCAUUCAGGUAUCCCUGAGCAUAGAUGCAGAGUUAUUUGCAUUUGACACUUAAGCAUUUGGAUAAAUGCAUGACUAAUUAAAUUGGUAUCUGAACUUUUCUUCUUACAAGCCGCUGAAGUAACACAUAUAUUAAGACAAGGAUGGUUUUCAAAGUACCUCCUAAAAAAUUGUCUGCAUAGGAACACUCUUAUCUGCUUGUAUGUUGAGCCGUUUGAAAUGUUUUGUACUGCAUUAUUACUUUCCUCAGUGUCUCCCUCAGGUGAUCAGUGUCUUUGAUAAUAUUGAGGUUUCCCCAUUAUUUCCCAUUUCAUCUACACAUCAAGUUUUAAUUUCUCUGUCACAGUCCUUCUAAUCAAAAAGGAAUAGAUAAACUUCUUGCUUUAUCAUUGCUCCUUAACUGAGCAGCAGGGAUUCCAGACCACUUCCUUUACCAGGGUUAAGCAUGUUGCUUUAAGAGAUUUUGGUCCAUGCUGGCCAAUGAAGGACUACUAUGAGAAAUCCAAGUUUAGGUUUCCUGCAAAGCAAUGUGGAGCAUUACAAAUGAACCAUGUGAAUUCUACACAAAGAUAUGAGUAACACUCAUUGAAGAGAAUGGGAAUUACUCAUAUACUGCCGUGGGAGAAUCCAACCUUAGGUUGACCUUUUCACUUUUCUACUACCCUGCAAUUUCACUGGUAUGCUUCAUAUUCUUUAAUAUACCAUAUUGUUGAUGUUAAUUUACUUUUUCCCCCAUGCAUGAAAAUUGUAUCCAUUUCAGGAAUAUUUUCAAAUGUUCUUAGAUGAAGGGGAAAAAAAUGUUCAAAGAAUAUCCAGCAAUAUCCAGCAGGUUCCGUGCUGAUCUGCAUGAGGUUCAAAUCUAUGUACUGUUGGACACAUUUCAACCAU